AUGGACAUCUACGUCUCCUCUUUGUCUCCGGGGUUGGAUAUCGGUACGGGAUGCUUUCUGCUUGUUGUCGCCGUGUUCUCCAUUGUUGGAAACCUGCUGGUCCUCAUCAUGGCGUUCAAACGAUCUUCUAAAAUGAAGCCGCCGGAGUUGCUAAGUGUGAAUUUAGCGGUGACAGAUCUAGGAGCAGCCAUCACCAUGUACCCGUUAGCCGUGGCGUCGGCCUGGAGUCACCACUGGCUGGGAGGGCACGCCACCUGCGUGUACUACGCCAUGGCCGGGUUCCUCUUUGGCGUAGCGAGCAUUAUGAACUUGGUCAUCUUGGCUAUAGUGCGCUUCAUAGUGUCUCUCAACAUGCACUCUCCCAAGGAGAAGAUCAGCUGGAGGAACGUGAAGCUGAUGUGCGUGGGGAUCUGGCUGUACGCGCUCUUGUGGGCAGUGCUCCCUCUCCUGGGCUGGGGGCGCUAUGGUCCCGAGCCCUUUGGCCUGUCUUGCUCUCUGGCCUGGGGGGACAUGAGGGAGGAGGGCUUCUCUUUCGUCAUCUCCAUGUUCGUGUUCAACCUUCUCCUCCCCACCGUCAUCAUCGUGGGCUGCUACUUCGGGAUCUCCAUCAAACUCUACGUCACCUACAAGAAAGCAGGACUCAGCUACAACCGUAUGCCCAAUAUUAUCAAGCUACACCGCAGACUGCUCAUAAUCGCGGUCCUCAUCAGCGCCGGCUUCAUCUGCUGCUGGACUCCGUACGGACUGGUCAGCCUGUGGUCCAUCUUCAGAGGCAGUCGCUCCAUCCCCCCCGAGAUCAGCCUUCUGCCCUGCAUGUUCGCCAAAUCCUCCACCGUCUACAACCCUCUCAUCUACUACUUCUUCAGCCGGAGCUUCAAAUCCGAGGUGAACAAACUGCGCUUUUCGUGGCACGGUCGCGAACUCUGCCACAUGAGAAACUCCAUUGACGAUAACUCGAUUUACGUGCUGGGGGAGGACGGGAAAUCCAGAGCGCCGAGGCCCACUUUAAAGGAGUCAACAGAGACGAUGAUGGCGACCACGGUGGGCUGA